AUGGCUCUGAGCAACCUCACCAUUGGGGUAGUCUGCUGCGUAGUGGUAGCCAUCGUUGCCUUGGCCACCAGAGAGACGCCCGACGCGAGAGAACCGCCAUAUGUCAAAGAGACUGUCCCGUACUUCAGUCACAUCUACGGACUCUUGAAGCAUGGCCUACGAUACUUUGACCUCGUCAGCGCUCAACAACCGCAUCCAAUCUUCACGAUUGACUUGUCGGGACAAAAAAACUACAUCGUGACAUCUCCAGAACUUUUCCAAGCCGUUCAGCGCAACACAACUUCUCUGUCUUUCAGCCCAGCUAUGAUCCCGGCGUUUCGUCGAAUGAUGGGUUUCGACGAGGCGGGUAUUGAACUCAUCUUUCGUGAUGCUCAUACUGAGAAUGGCAUGUAUGGUGAGAUCCAUAAAGUUCAAAAGGCUUCGUUGCGCGCGCUCCCGGGUACGGAGUCUCUUGAUGAAUUGUGCACACUCAUUCGUGCUAAACUUCUCAACAUCGUCAAUAAGCUUCCUUCAAGCCAGACAAUCGAUCUAUAUGCUUGGGUUCAGGAUCUGUUCAUGAGAACAAACAACUCUGCUUGCUUUGGCGAAAAAGAUCCCUUCACUCUUGACCCAUCACUCAACUCAACAUUUUAG